CAGUCUCGGGGUUCAGGGAUUGGAGAUUGGAUUUUGGCGGGUUGGUUGUGAUGGAGCUGAGUUUUGGGUUGAAUGUGUUGUCUGGUGGUGGGUGAGAGUUGCGGAGGCGGAGUUUUGGGACGCGAGAUUUGGAUGCUUUUUGCGGAUAGGAUUUGUGACUGGAGAAGGGUUGCUUCAUGAUAUUUUGUGUGUGUGUGGGUUGUGUGAGUGAGUGAGGUGGGAUUCGUGUCAGCGCUUCCUGGUGCUGUCCGUUGUGUGUUUAAUGUCGACUGGGCAGUGGGGUGUGUGUCGAGUGGUUAAGAGGUUGUUUGAAAUGGGAGAUUGGAUAGAAAGCGAGGGGGUCCAGAAGGUUGAGUUGACAACUGUUGAUACGCCAGCUUUUAUGACUUGAUUCUAUCUGGAACACACAGUUCGGCGGUUGUUUACAGUGUGUGAAGUUAGGUGUGCGACCGAGUGAGGCAGGAGAAUCGCCCAAAGGUUGUGCUGGAGGGGGAGGCUUCAUGGUGCACUUCAAUAAUGCCCAACCUUUCAUGCAAUUGGCGGAAGGUUUUUCGUGAUUCUUUGUUCGAAGUAGCAACAGUAAGAUUGGAUCUCGGAGUGUGAUCCUCUUGCAAAUUGAACCUGAAGGGUAAGUUGAAGGAGUGCAAUUUUGCCAUUCAGAACUGACUGAAUCCGUUAAGCUCUUGGGAGCGGACACACUAGCCGAGAAUGAAGCAGACAAGCAUUUCCCAGAAGUUCGAGGCACGGAAGUGCGCUAGCCGUUCCAAUCGCUAACUGGAGCUCUUAAAUUGGGCUCGAUGAGUGUCGUAUUGCUGUAAGUCAAUGACCGAAAAAAUCGGCUACAUUGCCUUCGAACUUAUAGUCUUCUUGAAGGUGUUCUUGGCUGAUUGUAUUCCUUGAAACGAAGCCCAUGCGAUUGUUGAAGAAGUUCGAGGCAUAAUUAUUCAAGUACAAACGUGAAGGGCACAGUACAGGAUAUCAAAUUCUAGGACAGUGCAGAGGAAGUGUGGAGACGGUGACGUGGAGUUAUUAAGGAGAGGGAAGCCACUCCUAUAGUGCUUGUACGAAUUUCUCUAAAAUGGAAACAGAAUGGAGAGAGUAGAAGUUGUGAGAUGUUUCUGAUCGAACAGCGCAGAAUUUGCUUACACAUCCAGGCACAUUCGCAACUAAAUAGUAAUAAGAAGUUGAAGGUUCCUGCAGCUGGAUUGAGGAGGUACACAGAAGGGUGUGAGGGGGGUGGCUGAUUAGAUUCAUUCAGUGACAUUCCUGUAAGGCUUUUAUUAGUUAACUCCAGGUUUCAUCCAGAGCGAGAUAUAGGGGAAGAACUUCGCUGAGCUUAAGCUGCAAUGCUGGGCCUCGCACCCAAUAAUACAGGAGAAUCGACCUCCCCCAUUCAGCGCUUAGAGAAGACCAUAGAGCGGUCGCCGGAUUCAACUCCGGACUCUCUGGACCUGCCUCAGUCGGUGUUGCAAAUUGUCGCCACAUCCCUCCAGUGUGACCUCCUCGUAGCGGGAGUGCUUACGAAUUCGGCACGUCUGGCAGAGACUGUUCUAUGCGUUCCUAAGGGACGCAUAACUGCUCCUGUUCGGCUUUCGAAAGGGAUAAUUGCAGCAGCUGCCUCUUGUAAGGUUGUGAGAACAGAGGGAUUAGUUCUUCCUGGUGUGUUCAAAGCUGUUCUAGGAGCACAACCUGAGCGAUUUCUCGGCACUUGCUUCAAUGCUGAAGGGUACGAGGGGAUCUGCUAUGCUGUUUGGGUGGAUCCCUCCAAAGUAUCGGACGUUGCUCCAGACGUCAUGGCAGAGGCAGGGUAUUCCCUGCCACUCCUACUUGCGAACCGGGUCCGAGCUCAGUGUUGUGAUCGGAUGGGCCGGAAAUUUGAUGAGAUCAUGAAUCGAUCACCUCAGGCCGUGGUGUUUGUAGACGAUGGUAGAGCUCCAUGUCUUAUCAACUCAACAGCAGCGAAGUUACUCGGGCUUCCGCAUGCUGGAGAAACGAAUCCGAUGGAAGUUGCUGUGGGUCUGCGAAGGUUGGCUGAUCGCAACGAAACUCGGUCGAAUGCAUACAGGUGCUUCAGUAAAUUGGCUGGUAAUCCUCAUCUAGCGCAUGAAUGGGAAUGGGAAUUGAAGGAUCCGCGCUCGGUUCUUCGAGUUCGGUCGUAUCCAGUGAGCAACGUUGCGACACGUGGUCGUGUUUGGUUGUUCGAUGACAUUACCAAACAGCAGGAUGCAAAAGAUGCAGUUGAGGCAGUUGACCUGGCUAAAUCUCAGUUCUUAGCCAUGAUGAGCCAUGAGCUUAGGACUCCAAUGACUGGUGUUCUGGGCAUGUUGGACUUACUUCGCCUGACUCCUUUAACGCCCGAACAAGCCGGAUUUGUACGUGUCAUGCAAGGCUCUGCUGAGGGCUUGAUGCAAGUCUUGAAUGAAAUUUUGGACUUUUCAAGAAUACAAUCUGGACAUCUUUCGUUGAAUGUGGUUGAUUUUCACAUUGGAGAGCUCUUGGAUCAGGUUUCAGCGCUAUUUCAAGGUCGUCUGAAUGAAAAAAGAUUACCCUUACAUGUGAUCAAACCUAUUGCUGACGACAUGGUAGUCAAUGGUGAUGUCAAUCGAUUGCGUCAGGUCUUAUCUAAUUUGGUGAGUAAUGCCAUAAAAUUUACUGAGCAUGGAAGCAUCAGGGUAACGUGGCAGAGGACUCAAAAAUGUAAUCAUUCUACACCAGUUGCCAAGGUCAUCGGCAUAACGGGAGGAACAGAGAGCCAAGGCCAUAGGGUUUCCUUUAGCGGAGGCAAGGAGGAGACUUCAGUCUCGAAAGAUCCUCCUCACUUGUCCGGUGAAAUGCGUUAUAAUAAUCAUCGCGCUACCAAGGCGUCAACCGUAGCUGACAGACUGCGAUUUGUGUUAUCCGAGAGUCCGUUCAAUGUUACUAAUCAAGGUCAGAACGGCUUUGUGGAUUUGAUGGACACAAGUGGUACUUGUAGUAUGGACGAAGGCUUAGAUGGUGAAGAAGGAGGUCUUUCAUCUUCCCCUGAUGAGGACAAUACUACUACCUCUACCAACUCGGACUCACAAGUGUGGUUCGAGGUUCGAGUUACAGAUACGGGAAUAGGCCUCACUCUAGAGCAACAAUCCAGACUCUUUCAAUCUUUCUCUCAAGGAGACAGCAGCGCAACAAGAAAAUUUGGUGGUACAGGUCUGGGCUUGGCAAUUUCGAAAGGUCUUGUAGAAGUCAUGGGCGGUAGAAUAUGGGUAGAGAGUGAUUUCGGCAAAGGAAGUACUUUCGCGUUUUGUGUUCCAUUACGAGCUGCUACGAAUCUCGCCAGUUUUCUUCCAAACUCCGAAAAUUCAUCCUCACCACGAGCAGCCUCUGUAAAAUUCAGACGCAAAGAGAGAUCACUUCAAGUUUUGGUAGCUGAGGACAAUUUAGUGAAUCAGUUACUAAUAACAAAGUUGCUGAAACAUCAUGGUCACGAGGUUGAGACAGUAGGGAAUGGACAACUGGCAGUUGAAGCUGUACAAACGGGAAAUCAUGACCUGAUUCUUAUGGACCUACAGAUGCCUGUACUGGACGGCCUUAGUGCAACCAAAGCAAUUCGUGCUCUUGGUGGUCGUGGACAAGAUGUUCCCAUAUACGCACUGACAGCUGAGGCGCUGACUAAGAGCCAUGGAUCUCUUGAUGCUAUGGGCUUAGACGGGUACUUGACCAAGCCCAUCAACUGGGAAUCUCUUUCGCAAGUGAUUGAGAACGUCGUGAGAGGGAAGCGUCGAUCGCCGUAAGCAUUGACAUUUCAUGAGUUUCUCUAUGAUCUGUGCUGGCUGUGAACAAUCCUCAUGGUGUUAUGUACCAUAACCACGAGCUUAAAAUUUAACAUAAGAUCUGUAAUCUACCUACGACUACAUUCUGUAAAAUUAGGCUGUAGCACUGUGAUCCUACUCUGUCUUGUCCUGAUAAGACCUCAUGGUGAGCAGAGGAGAAGAUUAGACCAAUUUGGUUCCGGCUGAAUCUGGUUGUUCUCAUUUCAGUCCAGCCAAUAGCAGCAUCCAUACCGCUUUUCCGACAUCUGCGACCAUCUUUGUGAUUUCAAAGGAUCUGCAGAGAAUGUGUGAAUUGAAGGCUGCGGGACUGUUAAGCUAGGGGGCUGGGCAGCUUUGAAUGAAUAUAUCAGAACAGACACAUAGAUUCCGUAGUAUAAAUGACAUCCAAUGAGUAUGUUUGACUUAGGAUAGAUUAAUUUCCUCAUCGUGUAAAUUUUCUCACAUUGAAAGUACAUACAAGACUGUUUGGUAAUCACCGAAUUGGUGAUUGAAAGGUUUGGUUGUGCAA